UUCAAUUGCUAUAAGAGAAAAUGGUUCUUAUAUAACUUUUCCCGAGGAUUAAACAGAAAGACACCUAUAAAUUAUCAAAAUUAAUUAAUUGUGUAGCAAUGACCGCUAAAUUUAGACUUUCCCUGUGAUCAUAAACGCAGGUUUUUUUUACGUGUUUUUUUUCAAAAACUUCAAAGCUAGCCUUUUUGACGUUCUGAUAAUGUCUCUAUCCAUCAGCAAAAAGAGAACAAAAUACUCAAAUGACGGGAAAAUUAGCAACAAGUCUCACAAGGAGAAAGUAGAAAAACCGAGUUCGACAGCAAAAAAACAAAUCUCCGUUGCUAAAAACGCGUCAAAGGAACCUUCGACAACUCAACCUUCUGUGGAAAAACAACCGAAUUUACUGUCAAAAUGUAGUAGUCCGCCGAGUAAAAACGAGACGGAAGUUCCUAUUCCACUCACUGAAACGCCAAUGAUAAGGAAAAAUACAAAUAUCCGAAAACAGAGAAGAAGAUCAAGCCUUGACAAAAGAGGAAAGAGAGCUUCUUCAAUAGGAAAUGGAUUUAUCGCGAAACCACAUCCAGACAUAAGCCACAAAGAAUUUUAUCGUCAUAUUCAACCAGAUUUGCCGGGGCCAAUAAGGCUAAGACAACUUCUAGCUUGGUGUGGACAAAGAACUUUGGAAAACCAGAAAUCAGAAUAUGAGAAUGCAUUGAAAAUAGCAAAAAUAUUAGAAGCUGACAUUUUGAAUGAUAUAAUGGAUAGUAAAAUAAAUACGUCAUGGUAUCAUCGAAAUGAUGGACAAGAUUUACAGCCGCUAAAAAAACGGCCACACCAACAAAAUAUCGAAAAUCAAAACAAAUUGAAAGAGCUAGAACCAAUAUCUCAAAGAUUGAAGGCAGAGAUUGAGGAAUGGGACAAUCUGAUCAAUGGGAUCAACCAUUUCCAUUCAUCAAUUGUUAAGGUUGCUAAAAAAGUGUCGCAAGGGAGUAACCAAAUUUCGUUGAUGCCUAAUGAAGUAGAUAUGUCUGUUCUACAUGAAGAUCAACGAAAAUUUUUGUUGCAGUACUGUACAGAUAAUGAAAAAACACAAUCAGAAAAUAACUAUUUGGAACAAAUGAUGGAUACCAUUGAAGUUAAAGUGGACAAUUUAUAUGCAUUACUUUAUAACGCAUCCUUAUAUAAUACUGCUACACAAACAUAUUGUGAAGAUUUGUUGGUUAAACUUUUGGAUAUUCUUCGCAGACGUCAAGAAAAGAGUAGUGGUAUAAAUAUUGAAACCAACGAUGUAUUAAAGGCAUUAUCUCGUGUGUAGAAUUUUUUUUUUUUUUUAAUAGCU